ACCGUUCAGAUGGGAGGAACCGGGGGCCCCUCGUUGCAGCUCAUGACGUCAGCCGCAAUCAGCGCUCGUUGGACAGUAUCAGUGGCACCGAGAGGAACGAGCUACCAUGGUCCUCAUCAAGGAGUAUCGAGUGGUUUUACCCUGUAGUGUUGAGGAGUACCAAGUGGGACAGCUGUUCUCUGUGGCUGAAGCAAGUAAAAAUGAGACGGGUGGUGGAGAGGGCAUUGAGGUACUCAAGAAUGAACCCUAUGAAAAGGACGGCGAGAAGGGACAGUAUACUCACAAGAUCUACCACCUAAAAAGUAAAGUCCCAGGGUUUGUCAAGGUGUUUGCCCCUGAAGGCUCCCUGGUAUUUCAUGAAAAAGCCUGGAAUGCCUACCCCUACUGCAGAACCAUUGUGACGAAUGAGUAUAUGAAAGACAAUUUCUUCAUUAAGAUCGAGACGUGGCACAAACCGGACCUUGGAACACUAGAAAAUGUGCACAAACUAGACAUGUUCACAUGGCCGAAUGUAACAGUGGUGCCCAUUGACAUCGCAGACAGAAGUGAUGUGUCCGCUGCUGACUACAAGCCAGAUGAGGACCCUGCCAAGUUCAAGUCAGCUAAGACCGGCAGAGGACCCCUGGGGCCCGCCUGGAAGAAAGAGCUGGGUAGUAAGACUGACUGCCCGAGGAUGUGUGCCUACAAACUGGUCACCGUCAAGUUCAAGUGGUGGGGCCUGCAGACCAAGGUGGAGAACUUCAUCCAUGAGCAAGAGAAGAGGAUCUUCAACAACUUCCACCGCCAGGUCUUCUGCUGGAUUGAUAAGUGGGUGGAGCUGAACAUGGAAGAUAUUCGCCGUAUGGAGGCAGAGACACAGAAUGAGCUGGAUGAACUUCGCAGACGGGGAGAAGUACGAGGAACCAGUGCUGCUGACGAAUGAAAAGGCAAAGGAUUUUAAACGCCCACAAUGACAGGAGUGAUGCAAACUGCGAAAAAAGGCUGUCUUUGGUGCCAAUUUCUCUCUUUUUUUUCUGGCUGUGGGGGGGGGGCAAUCAUUAGAGCAGAUCCCUGACUUUCACCCAAUCAUAGACAUUCUAUACACUGAGGAAUUGAUUUCUAGAAAACCAACAUGAUGGUAGCUGAUAAGACUCUGGUUCAUUUUGAUCUCCUGGGCAGAGAAAGGCCAGAUAUCAGCAUCAUGUUAUUGACGAGACCUAGCCUUCUGGAGAGAUAUGAGCAGGAGCUUUUUUGCAGUAGAGAUACAUUUUUACAAAGCACAUUUAUUGGAUUGAUUCCACUGUGGCAGGUGUUGGACUAAACAUUUCCCCUGUCAUUUUUUUUUUUUUUAGACUUUUCCUUUUUUUUCUCCAAAACAUUCCUCUCAAGAUGAUGCUCCGCCUGACCUGUCUUUGUCUCUUCCUUGGUCUGAACUGUACACACACACACUGGGGCUCAGGGGUUUGCAUUCCCCGGCAUGAGUGUGUGUGUGUUUGUCAUACUCAUGUUCCUUCCUGCCACAGCCUCCAUUAAGAGAUUACUAACACCCUUGGCGCCUUUGCCAAUUGUAAUCCCCCCCCCCCCCCCCCCCCGUCAGCCCACUUUACCCAACACUGCAUCUUAUUAUCACUGACAAUCAUGCCUGUACAGGUACUCACUCUCAUACAGACUUAAUACAAUCCCACACACACAUGCAUGCAUAUGACGCUGAUACAUCACGCACACAGGAAUAAACAUGUGAAUUCACCCUCACACGCUCACAGGUGUGGAUGCCUCUGCAGUGACUGGUCUCCUGAAAGCGUGAGCUGGGCAGAUCUAUGCAUGCUGGUUCAGCUAAAAGGAUGUUACUUUGAAAGUGUUUACAUCUCCCACUGAUUCCUUCCCACCCCCCUCCGCACACUCCCUAUUCUGAAGACAUUUGCACACAACAUACAACACACCAUUCACCUCAAUAGCAGAUGUCCCCAGAGAGACAAUUGCACUGAAAAACAACCACAGAUGGUGCUACACCCCUCCAGCCUCCGUCACAAGCCAAACUUUACCGCACUGCUCACCCCACCUCGCCCAGCCCACCCCAGAGGCCCGUCUUCCUCAUCUGGUUAUCUGAGGUACACGCUUUCCAAAAGGCCUCGUCAGCUGCUUCACCCUUGGUGUGUUUACAGACGGCCGCACCAGUGCCCGGUCGACACCAGCACCACAUACUGCUUGCCUUUAAUCUCCGGACCUAUAUUGGGCCUUUUAUACCUAUCGUACCUCUGCUGUCAGCUUUUGCUCUAGCUACCUCCCUUAUUUUCUGACUGGCAAUUGUCCUAACACCAAAAGGUUAGCACACGCUAUGAGCCUACUACUUGUUAGGAUUGAAUCAUGGCAGACAGAGCUUUAUGAGCAAAGUUGUUUGUGAUCACUCCUUUAUUUUUCAAGGGUGUAGAAGUGCAUUCUUCCUGAUGUGUUUAGCAGUGCCUGAAUCAUUGCCAUUCCUUCACUAAGCUAAAAAGUGUUAUUUGCCACCAGAUGAGCCUUUACUGUACACCUUGCUGCAAAAGGCUGCAGAUUCCCAUCAGCCUUUUAAUUGAAAUGCCAUAUUAAUGACUCUUCAACUCCAUGGUGCACUUUUUCUCCCCUGCAGAAUUAUGUGGCUCUGGCCUACAGUGAUCAUCAAUAGUGUUACAUACAUAUACAGUACAAGUGGUUUCCUCAUUCGAUCCUCGUUCUUUGUGUUUUUUGUGAUGUUUCAAUAUCUGAAAUUGUGCAACGGGGAUUGGGUUCUGUUUUUAGAAAUGUAUCUUCCUUAUGCCCUAUUUUCUCCAAGAUCCAGAUUCAAUGGCAUAAUCUGCAUUCUCCUAAUGUGUUUAUUUUUGUAAAUGAUACGAGAUACUAUCACUUAACGGUUUAGUGGCUUGUCCAAAGGGUGUGAAUGGAUUUCUGAUAUGUUUACAAAAAUUCAGUUUAUCAGUUUUUUUAGGUGUUAUUCAUCAGUUGCCCCAAUUAGUUUGCUUCGUUCCACCGAACCAUAUCCUUUUCUGGGAAAUAUGGUACACUUUAAAUCUGGUGAGAAGUGGUAUAUACAGUUAAGAGACGGCCAGCAGGUCUUCUUUACUGUACUGAGAUUGUAUACACGUGUGUCAAGUAGCAAACAGUGUGAAACGAUUGGUCUUCAGUGUAAUCAAUGUUUCCACUGUCUAUCUUAAUGAUUCCUGCUGUGUGUUGAAUAGAGAAGCCUGUGGCUAGAGAAAACAACCUCAAUCAAUGGUUUACCAUCGCUCACGACAAUGUUAGGGGGGAGAGGAAACUGUACAGUCUUAUUCUAAUUUAUAAAAUGUACAACUGUUUGAUUUCCGAACUGCUCGCAUUUUAAAUGUUUCUGAUCAGCUUUUGAAAUUCAGGGGACAUGGUAGUGAAUGUAGGAUGUCUUGUGCCUUUUUCUUGACGAAAUCUUGUUUGUGUGCCAUAAGUCUACAUAUUGUGUCUAAAUAUCAAAUAAAUUCAACAUAAAUUUCA